AAUCAAACAAUACAACAUGUUCUCCAAGGUAGCAAUUUUCGCUCUGCUUGUCGCAGUAGCCCACAGCAGUGCAAUCCAUGGCGGUGACUACAACAGCUUCUCCUAUGGAGUUUCUGACCCUCACACCGGUGACGUGAAGAGCCAGCACGAAACCCGUGUCGGCGACAACGUGGUCGGCCAGUACUCUCUCUUGGAGUCCGACGGCACUCGCCGCACCGUCGACUAUGCUGCCGACGCGCACUCCGGCUUCAACGCCGUCGUCCGCAAGGACCCGGCCUACAUCGCCCACGCCGCGCCUGCCGUCUACGCCGCACCCAUCGCCACCUCUUACGCUACUCCCGCUGUGGUCUCCGCUCCUAUUGCUACCUCAUACGCCGCUCCCGCUGUGGUCUCUUCUCACUUGGCGUACGCUGCCCGCGUCGCCCCCGUAGCCUACGGUUCCUAUGCCUCUCCCCUCGCCUACAACGCGUACGCCGCCGCUCCCUUGGCUCACGGAGCUAUCGCUCCUCUUGCCCACGGCUACGCCUACGGUGCCCAUGGUCUCGGUUACGCCGGUCACCACUACUAGUUUAUUUCGGACUCCACCACUGUGAUCUUAGCGAACAAUAAAUGGUAAAAGUUUAAAUUGUGAUACAGAUACAUAAAAUAUCCCAAUGAAUUGGGAUGGAGGAAAUGUUUAUAUUUUAAGCAACUGAAGAAACCCACUUUUACUCAUGUAAAUAUUAUUUAAAAUAAACCAUGUAUAAAUAA